AAAAUAUUCAUUACCUUUUUUUUUGGCGUGUCAACACACAAUUUCACGAUUCAUUUUCCCUUCGUUUCGACUUUGCUUGUACUUAGUUAAUUGUUUUAAAUUAGUUCUACGCCAUAAUUUACAAAACAACUAGCAAAUUUGGAACUAAGCAUUUGUAAUCUUCUACGCAUGGCGUUCAUAUGGCAAUUGAUUUCUUUGGCCAUCUAUACGAUCGGUUCAUUGGCAAUUCUCACAUAUCUCUAUGACAAUUUCAAGUCCUUAAUAUGCAUUAUCAAGGCACUAUUGGAACCAUAUUUUCAACCUAACCUGCCUCAAACUCUAUUGGAUAAAUAUGGCAAAUGGGCAGUUGUCACCGGGGCUACCGAUGGCAUUGGCAAGGAAUAUGCCAGGGAGCUGGCACGUCAAGGCCUCAAUCUGGUUCUGAUUUCACGUACCAAGGAGAAGCUGAUCCAAGUGACCAAUGAGAUAGAGAGUGAGUAUAAAGUGAAAACAAAAUGGAUAGCUGUCGACUUUACCAAGGGCAGAGAGGCGUACGAAGAAGUCGAAAGGGAAUUGGCUGGCAUCGAAGUGGGCAUAUUGGUUAACAAUGUUGGCAUGAUGUAUGAGCAUCCCGAUCAUUUGGAAUUAGUGCCCGAAGAUGUUCUAUGGAAUCUGAUUGUAGUGAAUAUUGGAGCUGUCACCAUGUUGACCCGCAAAAUAGUUGGACAGAUGAAAUCAGCCCGCAGAGGAGCCAUUGUAAACAUUGGCUCUGGUUCGGAACUUACUCCCUUGCCCAACAUGACUGUCUAUGCGGCAACAAAGAAAUAUGUAACCUUCUUUACGAAGGCAUUGGAAAUGGAAUUGGCCGAACAUAAUGUGACAGUACAAUUGGUGAUGCCAAUGUUUGUGAUAACCAAAAUGAAUGCCUACUCGAAUACAGUGAUGCAAGGUGGCUUCCUGAUACCAAAUGCCAAAAGCUAUGCCAAAUGGACGGUAUUCACAUUGGGUAAAACGAGUGAGACAAAUGGUUUUUGGACGCAUAGUUUGCAGUAUUUACUUAUGAAAUUGGUGCCGAUGCGUCUGCGUAUGCUGGUGGCUCACGAGAUGUCCAAGCGUCUGCGGAUUGAGGGUCUUCAAAAGAAACAAAUUGAACAGAAAAUGGCGUAGUUCGUAAUAAAUCUUUAGAGUGGGCCAUAAUAUUUGGGGGUUACAUAUGUACAAAAUUAUUGGUUCUAAGUUUGUAUAAUAAAAUAAAUAGUGUAACAAAGAAAAA